CUCAAGUCGACCCUCCCUCAAGCUUCCGGAUGUGCCAAGUACGCUAAGCCCAAUUACUCCAAGUGCCUCGUGCUAAAGCCGCAUCCAUGAACCAAUCACUCCAACCAUCUUCAAGCACCUCCACAUCUCCACGUCAACUUUCGUUUCCUUCUAAGCACUCUACAUUUGCGCGAAACCAGGCCAAUCUUCAGUAAAAGAGUUGGAAAUCAAGGUCAAGGACUAGGAACAACAGGCCAGAAUGAAUCAAAACUUCCAGGGCGCGCCUGAUCGGGAGGACAUCAGGCUGUUGGAUCAGCUGCGCAGUCAGUUGAUGCCGAUGAUCAAGGGUAUGGAUCGGUUGCAGGCCGAGAUGCAGUACAAGAUGAGUCGGGGUGAGGUUGUAGAUUGGCCACAAAUCCAACAAACAACCAGGACAGUAACAUCCUACCUCAACUCAAUCCAUCUCCUCAUAAACGGCGGCUACCGCCACCAAUCCAAGCUCGUCACCCAAAAACAUCAUAUCCCGUCAAAAGAUGCCGCCGGCAACCCCAUGGUCGACAGUGCCGGCAAUGCAGUCCUCGUUGAGCGCGACGUGCGACGGAGAAUGACCAGCAUACAAGCCCUACCAACCAAUACAGCGAAAUUUGAAGCUCUCCAUCCAUUCCCCAACUCUUCCUUUCCGAUGAAUGCCGGAGGCGGCAUGGCAGCAGGUAUGGCAGGCACAUUGCUACGAAAGAGGCUAGAGCCCAUGGAAGAAAGCUGGGUUGAAGAGCGAAUCCGUAAAGCAUCAGAAUGGUGUUUUGUACCCGAAGAAUGGGGGAUAGCGCCCCGCAAGUCAGAACCCACUGCCACCACUGCCAUAGAAGAGGAAGAGGAAGAUACUGUGCCCGAGUCAGAACGACUAGACUCUGAGGCCAUACCUACUACACGCGUCAAAGAUGUACUCUCUGCAGAUGAGAUCGUGGAUCUCUGGAAACAUGCGCACCAAGAGGUCUUCGACAUAAAGUAUCUCCGGCAAAAGUAUCCAGCUAGUUACCCUGAUCCUGGCGCGCAGGGUGCGGAUGACGGCGAGGAAGAAGGGGAGGAAGGUGACGAAGAUGAAGAAGAGGAGGAAGAGGAGUUUGAAGAUGUCAUGGAUACGUCUGGUGGAGCGGAAACGGAGGAGAAAGACGCUGCGAAGCCGAAGGUGGUGAGGAAGAAGGUCACAGUCGGCAGGCUACCGGUACACGAACCUGUGGAUGGGGUACCGGUGCUUUCGCUUGGGUUUGCGCACAAAUUUGCGGAGAUUGGUGAGGUGUAGAGGCGCAACGAGAGUACGGAAGGUUUGAUACCAUAGGAU